AUGCAAGAGAUCAAUAGAACUACCCUGACUCCAACUUCAUUCAUCCUAAAUGGGAUUCCAGGAUUAGAGGACAAGCAUGGUUGGAUCUCUCUUCCAUUCUGUUCCAUGUACGUGGUAGCCAUAGUAGGAAACUGUGGCCUUAUCUACCUCAUUUGCUAUGAGGAUACACUGCAUCGGCCUAUGUACUACUUCUUGGCCAUGCUUUCUUUGACUGAUAUUAUUAUCUGUACCACUACCCUCCCCAAUGCAUUCUGUAUCUUCUGGUUCAAUCUCAAAGUAAUCAACUUCAAUGCCUGUCUGGUACAAAUGUUCUUUGUCCACACAUUUACUGCAAUGGAAUCUGGGGUCCUCAUGCUCAUGGCUUUGGACCGAUAUGUGGCCAUCUGCUACCCCCUGAGAUAUACCACUAUUCUCACCAACUCUGUCAUUACCAAAGCUGGGAUCAUUACCUUAUUUCGGAGUAUGAUGCUCAUCAUCCCCUUUCUUUUCCUGACCAAGAGGCUGCCCUACUGUCGUGGUAACACCAUCUCCCACACUUAUUGUGACCACAUGUCUGUAGCUAAAGUUUCAUGUGGCAACAUCAAGAUCAAUGCUGUUUAUGGACUCAUGGUUGCCCUCCUAAUUGGAGGUUUUGACAUCAUCUGCAUUACAGUUUCCUACACCAUGAUACUCCGGGCUGUUGUCAGCCUGUCAUCAGCAGAUGCUCGACAGAAAGCAUUUGGGACAUGCACAGCUCACAUCUGUGCCAUUGUCUUUUCAUAUACUCCUGCUUUCUUCUCCUUUUUUACCCAUCGAUUUGGGGGCCAUACUAUUCCCCCUUCAAUCCAUAUCAUUGUAUCCAACCUCUACCUGGUUCUACCCCCAACUAUGAACCCUAUUGUUUAUGGUGUGAAAACUAAGCAAAUCCAAGAGUGUGUUCUAAGAUUCUUUUCAGGUUCCAAGGAUAAAUCUCAUGACAUUUCGCCAACUCGCCCAACUCCUGAGCUGCUACCUCCCAACCUUCCCUCACCCCCUUCAANAGCUGCUCAGCGAGAUUACUGCUCUUCCAAUGAGAUUGAACACUGCCUGUGCUCCAAUUUGGGGGUCACCAGCUUGUCUUGUGAUGACAGGAGAGCCAAUAGCAUUUGUCAGAUGAUCAUGGCCUUGCUGGGAAUGGGAAGUGAUUUAAGCCUGAUCAUCCUUUCCUAUGCCUUCAUCCUCCAUUCUGUGCUAAAACUGAAUUCUGCAGAAGCUGCAUCCAAAGCCCUAAGCACCUGUAGUUCCCACCUCAUCCUCAUCCUCUUCUUCUAUACAGUUAUUGUUGUUCUUUGUGUCACCCACCUGGCAGAAAGAAAGUUUCCCCUGAUCCCUGUGCUUUUCAAUGUGUUGCACAACAUCAUCCCCCCAGCCCUCAAUCCUUUAGUGUAUGCAUUUAGGACCCAAGACCUCAGAUUGGGCUUCCAGAAGGUCCUUCUGACAGGUAUAAAGAAAAAAUGA